AUGAAUGAUCAAAAUCAUCUUCAAACUGCACCGGUUAGGAAACAUGGGGAGGAAAGUUCAUUGUUAAAGAUCUCAAGCCAUUCAUUGAUGUUUGACAAUGCCCAUAGUGAUGAGGACUCUGGUACCAAGGAAGAGCAGGAUAAUUUCAUGAAUGAACUUGAAAUAUUCCACAAGGAUAAUUCAAUGCAAUUCAGGCCCCCAAAGUUCUAUGGCGAAGGGUUGAAUUACCUUAAGUUGUGGAUAAGGGUGAAUAAGUUGGGUGGUUUUGACCAGGUAACAUUAAGCAGAAAGUGGCACCAAGUGGGACAGUCUUUUAAGCCACCAAAGACAUGCACAACUGUUUCAUGGUCCUUCCGUAACUUCUACGAGAAGGUGCUUCUUAGAUUCUGCUCGGCCUUCUAUAUUUCUUUAGUUGUGGUGUUCUUGUGUUUUAUUCCUGCAAUGGUUGCUGACCUGAUGGUUUCACUGAAGGGGAAAACGAUGUCAACCAUUGAAGAUGGUAAAGACUUACAAGAUGGAGUUGAUAAUAUACAAAUCGUCGAUAUGGGAUCUCGAGCUGAUUGGGUGAAGAUAAAUGUUCUUAUAACUAAAUGUGAGUUUCAAGUAUAUGCAUUAGUUCCUGGCCUUCUACAUGAAGAGCUUAAAGUUCUUUCAGAUCCCAUUGGUCGCUUAAUAAUUAAUGGAGAUCCUAGACAAUUAGGCAAUUCAUGGGGUGUUACUCGCUUCCAGAAGGUAAUUCAUUUGCCCUCUCGCAUUGACCCCAACAAAACCGUGGCAAAUCUUGGCCAAUACGGGCAGUUAUAUGUUUGUGGUGCAUUUGAGAAGUCAUCUUCAUAA